UGUUCAUCACCUAUCUAAUGAAUUUAGAUCCUCAGAGUAUUUGAUUCCAUUCAAGAUGAGAAAAAUGAAUUCUUGGUAUGAAUUGAUCUCAGAGAAUAACCCUCUUCCUUGCCUAGCGGAUAGAAUUGAAAUAUUGAAUGAACUUUUAAAGGAUCACAUUGCAGCUCAAAACUUAACAGAAGAGGAUUACCAAACGAUUGCAAUGGAAACAAAAGGACUUUCAAAGUGUGAAAUAGCUGAAGUUUGUCGCCAUGCUGCUUUCUUGUGUCUACGUUCCAUAAGCGAUAAUGAAGAUACUAAUAAAGACAAUACUCUUCGAUUGAGACAUUUUGUCGAAGCUGUUCAAACUUCUUCACUUCGUAAACUCCGUAAUUAAGCUUCUAGAACUUCCAU